AUUUAAAAGGGGGAAGUCUUUUCGUCAAUAAGAAAGCUGUUUUCUAAAUAAAAAUAGUUAUAUAAAUUUUUAUCUUAAUUUGGCAUUACCAAAUUUCGUAGUAGAAGUACAAGUAAUUUUGUUUACACAUAACCAACGUGCGUAUAACAAAAUGCAUAUUUUUUUGCGAAGUCAAACAACGUACUCUGUUGAAUUAGAAGAAGGCACUGUCUCCUCUUUAAAAGAUUUCAUUGAAGAGUCUGAAGGUCUAUCUGCAGAAGAACAACAUUUAUAUUUGGGUGGUAAUCCUUUGGAGGAUGAUCAAGAUAUAACAGAAUGUUUAACAGAUGGUGCUACCGUAGACGUUUGUGCAAA